AUCUAGCGAACCAGUAGCUGAGCCAGUGAUCCGGCCAUCAAAGCAACUGGAUUCCCUUGGCCAUAUCCACCUGACCAAGGCCAUACAGUUUGUCUUUAUCACUUGCAGGUAGUGAGUUGAUACCAUUGUUGCCAUUGCCUCGCUUGUUGGAAAGACAACAAGUAGUGGGUAGGUUAGGCCUUCUUCAUCUUGCUUCAAGAUGGGAAGGGGUCCCGUAUGUCUCCUUGUGAUCCUGAGCGCGUCUCUUGGACUUGUCGACGUAACACACGGUCAGACCAGUCAGCCAGUAACCUGUGCCCCGCAGUCAUGCUCAGACAUCAGAGAGAGGUAUUAUCAACUGGUGGAGGAUUACCGUGUUCUUCGUCAGGAAUACAUCGCUAAUCUCACUUAUUGGAGGGAACAAGUCCUCAACCCUUGGUUAGCCAGUCGAGAUACGUGUACAUCAUGUUGUCCUGGAAGUGGUACUGCUCAGCCCACAGCACCUACCGUCACCUGUCCGCCAGGGUUCAACUUACGGGAUGGCCAGUGUGUUUCUGAUCAAACUGUCUCCACUGCUCCAGCACCAACCACACCACCACCAUUACCCACCACUGCCGCCCCAACUACAGCUGCUGCCCCAACUACAGUUUCUUGUGAAGUUGGCUAUCGACUUGUUGGUGGAUCCUGUGUCGAUAUUGACGAGUGCGCUGGGACUAGCCACAAUUGUCCCACUGCCAGCAACUCACUGUGUCUAAACCAGCCGGGAUCAUUUAGUUGUCAGUGUAGACCAGGGUAUACUGGAGAUGGCUUCACUUGUACUGGUAUUGACGAAUGUGCACUUGGCUUGCACAACUGUGCUCCGCUUGGCAGUCAAUGUGUCAACACAUUGUCUAGUUUUAUCUGCUUGUGUAACACUGGCUUUAAUGGAAAUGGCACCUUCUGUGCAGAUGUCAAUGAGUGUGAUCAAGUAGGGAGAUGUCCAGCAAAUUCUAUGUGUUCCAACACCAUCGGCAGCUUUCUUUGCACGUGUAUUCCCGGCUAUAUGAUGAACAAUGAUGGACAAUGUGUUGCUAUCCCCACAACACAGCCAGCAGCAACACAGCCUGCAAGCACCCCACCUGCCACAACACAAGCAGCAGCGCUUUGUCAACUAUCUCAACUCUCUUGCAAUGCCAUGACUGAAGAGCCAAAUCUGAUUGCUUGUAGCUGUGUGUGCCGAGCGGGUCUGACCAGGAAUGCUCAAGGUGCGUGCGUGGACUGCAGUGGCAUAGUGUGUCAUCCCCAGGCUACGUGCGUCAUUGCACAACGCGAAAGAGACUGCACUACGUCCAGCGUUGUGACGUAUUGUACGUGCAAUGUAGGAUAUGCAGGUAACGGUAUCGUCUGUGGACUAGAUGGAGAUCUUGAUGGUAUACCCAAUGAGAACAUUUCCUGUUCUGGACCAGAGUGUAUGGCCGACAACUGCCCAGAGUUCCCAAACAGUGCUCAAGAGGAUAUUGAUGGUGAUGGCAUGGGAAAUGUCUGUGAUGAUGAUAUUGAUGGUGAUGAGUUGACCAACAAUCCACUACGGGAUGCUUGUAUAUUCACCCCCUUACCUCCCGGUGUUACCCAGCGCUUGUCAGACACAGACACGUUUGGUGACAGUUGUGACAAUUGCCCCACUAUCUCCAAUGAAGACCAGAGUGAUAUAGAUGGUGAUACAGUAGGAGAUGUUUGUGACGAUGAUAUUGAUGGUGAUGGUCUUUUGAAUGGAGAUGACAAUUGUCCCAAUAGCAACAAUACAAAUCAAGCAGAUGGUGACCAGGAUGGAGUUGGGGAUGUAUGUGAUAACUGUCCACUCACUCCCAACAGCAAUCAGGCUGAUUUUGACAACGAUGGCCGAGGAGAUGUCUGUGAUGAUCCCAAUGACAGAGAUGAUGAUGGUAUUAAGGAUCAGUUUGACAACUGUCCUGAUGUGCCCAAUGCUCCACAAAUUGACACAGAUGGCGAUAACAUUGGCGAUGCGUGUGAUAGUGACAUUGAUGGCGAUGGGGUAUUGAACAAUGUGGACAACUGCUUGCUCAUUGCUAAUCCUGCUCAAGUUGAUAUUAACAGUAACGGCCGUGGAGAUGUAUGCGAUACUGACUUUGAUGGCGAUGGUACUAUUGAUUGUGAGGACUCUUGUCCGCAGGAUGCUAAUGUCGGAGCACUGAAUCUCUGCAACUUACAACAGUUCAAUAUUGAUCCGCUUCGUAGAGAACAGACUGAAGCCGUGUGGCGCUCAUCCCCGACUUGCAGGGAGGUUGUUCAGAGUCUGAAUGCUGAUCCAAGUGUUGUAGUAUCACAACAGCGUUUCUCCAGUAUUAUCUUCGAAGGUGGUAUCUAUGUAGCCUCGGACCCAGUCAACCAAGAUGAUGAUUUUGUCGGUAUUGUCUUCUCCUUCCAAAGUACUAAUCGUUUUUACAUCCUGCACUGGAAGCGAGGAGAACAACCUACAUUCACAGAUGAUCCAUUCAGAGGAUUCAACUUUCCUGGCAUUCAGUUGAAGCUUGUCAACUCCAGCACCGGAAUCAACAACACAUUCUUACGUUAUGCACUGUGGCACCACUUGGAUAUUGAGGGAGAGACAACCGUGUUGUGGGAGCAUAUUAACCGUACAUCUACAGCCAGCCGAGUGAACGAUGAGUUUGGAUGGAGGCCCGAUACGGCGUAUCGAUUCCGUGUAGAACAUGAUACGUCUCAGGGAAGAAUUGAAGUGACAAUUUUUGAGGGAUCCAGAGUGUUUGCUUCGUCAGGGCCAAUUUACAACAGUUUCUUGACUGGAGGGCGCAUCGGCUUCUACGAUUAUUCCCAAGCCCGAGCUAUCUUCUCUGACUUGCGUAUCCGGUGCAGUGGACCGUCAAACUAUGCUCUUUCAUUCGAUGGUGCUGACAGUGGUGUGCAGCUGCCAGCGUAUUCACAAUUGUUUGAUAGGACUCUCAGCUUCACGGUAGACUUAAAUGUGUACCCAACCAACACGAGGGAAUCUAUCAUCUUUGGUAGUGAUGCUCCGUCAACGCUGCGGGGUCUCUUCAUCUCAAGCAACAUGCGUGUAACAGCCCGAUGGGAUGUGACGUCCGUAACAUCAUCCCAGCCUCUGCCACUCAACACCUGGAGUAGAGUGUCUAUGUCGUAUGAUGCAAGUACAUCUCAACUGUCCCUACGCAUGAACUGUCAAUUGGUUGGUUCAACAACUCUAUCAAAUGCUGUUAUCUCCGAAGCAUCCCAGACGCUGUAUCUUGCUUAUACCCCCAGUGAUCUGAAUAAUCGUUUCACAGGACGUCUUGAUAAUGUUGGUAUCUGGAACAGCGACAUCUUUUCAUUGUCUGGCCAGUUCUGCGACCCACCAGCAUCUCUUCUCAGCGCAUCAGCUGUUGCUUAUUACCGCGCUAACUCUGGCCAGGGGCGCACACUGGUCGAUGAUGCUGGUAAUGAGCACGCUACUCUUGUUGGCACCGCCAUGUGGGUCCCGGGUGAUUUGUUGCCUUGUUCCAUCUGCACUGUCUAGACCGUGGACUGUACUGUGUGCAGUCGCUAAAGUACUGGCUGUCGAGUAUUCGCCAAACCUCACGUGAAAACAGUGUUAGCUUCUAAAGCAGACCUGCUGCAAUGUGUGCAGUGUAGUGCACUUCCUAGUUUACUAAUCUUCUGUCUCUUUGGUUAUGCUGUAACUGUUACUGCAAAGUAUCAGUAAUUAGUGUAUCAGUUGUAUAGGUGAAUGUUUGAUCUUGCUGUAUAAUAGUAGCAGUACAACAAUCUUUCAAGUUUACUGAUGUUUAGUCAUUGCCAUCUUGGUCUGUGGGUUGUUGAUAUGUACUCGGUGCUCAAACUGCUCUUCUUUUUCUUCUUCACCCUAUUCCACUACUGAUAUUCAGCUGACUUGCACUGUAAUGCCGAACUGCAGUCACGGCAGUGCGGCAUGCAUUAUAGUGGUGUGACGACAUAGCAUAAUUAUAGUAUGUGACGAUGUCACGUCAUACCUA